AACUGCUCCGCAGGCGGAGGGAUGAGUCUCUCCCCUGUGAUUGGCACAGAAGUGCCAGAGACAGCUAACGGGGUUGUGAUACCCGUUGCGUCGGAGAACGGCCCUCAUGUUUCAGUCUCUGUGAAAUGUGGCGGGAGCAGAGCGUCCUGUCCUGGGGAGGGAUCAGAGGACGGCUCCUUCAGAUACACAGAGAACCACGUGGAUGUGGAAAACAGAGUUUACGACUGCGACGGUCGCCUGGAUACAGAGAUGGCCAUUAACGAGAGAACGUCUAACUUAUCACUGCACAACCCCUGGAUAACGGACCCCUCCCGCCCCGGCACCACAUGCACAGGAAUCUCAGAAUCAGGAUCCAUCAACAGAAACAUUCCUGAGGCCUCUAACGCUGUCGAGCCUCCUGGUGCAGCUCUGCCGUGGGACCCAGCACACACCAAAGACUCAUCUCAGCGAGCAGGCCCUGUCACCGCAGACGGACAGCAGACAGAGGCGGAGACUGUGGACGGAGGCAGUGACAGCCGAGAGGAGGAAGAGGAGGAGGAGGAGGAGGAGGAGGAUGGAGAGAAGGAGAAACAGGAUGAGGAGGAUGCUGAGAAGACUGAAAACAAGUGGAGGAGUCAGUACGGAGGAGGGAGGACGCAGAGGGAGUCUUCACGACACUACUCGUCCUCAGCCCCCGGUCCCAGCACCUCCUCCUCUUCCUCUUCCCCUCCUCCUCAUCUUCCCUCAGAUGACGCCCCCUGCCCUCCCCACGUCAUGGCCCAGGUCUGGGUUCGCAACGUGCGAGGGAUGCAGGACAGCAAGAGCCUGGAUGAAAUCAGCCAAGCGUGCGGAGGCGGUUCGGGCGCCCGGGGAGGGGGCAGGAGUGGGCAGUCAGAGGGCCGACGGGCCACAAUCUCCUCGGCUCUGGAGCUGGAGGGGACGGUCAGCCAUGAGGGAGACCUGACUAACUUCAUCACCAAAAACCUGGAGCAGAAGAUCAAGAUGAGCUCCAAGCCGAGUCUGGACUGCAGCGACUCCGACUGUUCGGGUCCCAUCUACCGGAGUCGGGGGUUGUCCCGGAGACCGGCAGACAUCCCGCCGAUCGAUCCCGCCGUCCUGGUGGACCUUCAGAGACACACACAGGAAGUGGCGCAGAGUGUGGAGAUGAUGAUGCGGAGCCUCAACGGAACCAUCCAGAACAUGACGGCUCUGAGUGUCGGCUACAUCCAGACCUACAGAGACUCGGUCGACAGCCUGGGAGAGUCUGUGGACAUGAGUAUAAAGGGCAUGUACACGCUGAUGGCUCGCUGCGAGGAGCUGGAUCGUUCCAUGCAGCCCAUACACACCCUGGCCGCGCAGAUCCGCGACAUCAAACGCACCCUGGACGCUCUGGAGGCGAUCUGCAAGUAACCCUCAGCAUGUCUGGUAGAAAAACACACCCCAGCUGCAGACAUCCAACAUCAAGCACAUUGUGAACGAGGCCGUCUGCAAGUGGCUCCACCCCUCCGCAGGUGGAAACGUCCAGAGGAGGGGACGUUUGUGUCGGUGGACUGUGGAGGAGAGGAGGAUCCUCGACGUGGGAGAUGAGAGGAAAUUCAUUCUCUUGUUCAUAAUAUAUAUAAACGUACGACUCAAUCAGAUGCACCUGUGUACAUAUGAUCUCUUUCUGUAACUAAAAAUGAUUUAGAUACCCUUCGUCUUGAGUGUAUAUUUUAAUGAAAAAUAACAAAUAAAUUUACAUGA